GUCCCCCAGGCCUCCCUCCAGGCCUCUCUGCUCCCCUUGCUGGGAGGCCUAUUUUGGGAAAAGAGUGGCCAGCCUGUGGCUUCUCAGGCAGGCCUGACCCAAGAGGGAGGAGAGUGUGCGGACGGUUGGCGGGGGAGCGGUGACUCCUCCCUGUUUCAGUGGCUGCUGUGUGAGACCCCUGGCUGGGAGGGGGGUGUCGUGUACUCAUUUGUCUGUUUCUGUCACUGUUUGGGGGUACAGAAGGCCCUGAGGCGUAUGUGCUUAUGUCCACACCCUAUGUUCCUCUAAUCAGCAGUUUGGGAAGAGGGGGUUGUCUGUCCCCAUUCUAGCCACACCUGGUGCGUGUGUGUGUGUGUGUGUGUGUGUGUGUGUGUGUGUGUGUGUGUGUGUGUGUGUGUGUGUAUAAGUGUGUCUGUGCUCAUAUGUAUGUCCCUGAACCAAACAACUGACUUCUCACAGGCCCACUGGCAUGGGCCUCUUGUCAUUCACUUGUCUAAUGUUGUCUUGUUAUGAAAGAUGUCACCCGGGGGAGGGCAAAGGGAGGAGUGUUCCCCUUUUCUCAUAGCUUCCAGGAAAGGAUAUGGGGUAGCCUGUGGGGAUGUGGCUCCUGGCUGAGCCUCACCCAGUAGUGUUAUACAGGACCCCCCAAGUCGUCGGGGAGGGGGGGCUGUUGCCAUGGUGGCCUGUGUGCAGCGAAUUCCUCCAGGGUGAAGUGGGAGAUAUUUAUACCCAGGGUCAGGGAGAGAGCGGGCAGGCAGCCGAGGGCAGGAGAGCCGGGACCAGAGAGACCACUGGUUGAGGGCAAUGGCAUCUCCCGGCCACAUCCUGGCUCUCUGCGUGUGUUUCUUCACCAUGGCCAGUGCAGAAGGUCCACAGGAACCCGAUCCAUUCACCUAUGAUUACCACACUCUGAGGAUCGGCGGCCUCACCAUCGCUGGGAUCCUCUUCAUCCUGGGCAUCCUUAUCAUCCUUAGCAAGAGAUGUCGGUGCAAAUUCAACCAACAGCAGAGAACUGGGGAACCUGACGAAGAGGAGGGAACUUUCCGCAGCUCCAUCCGCCGUCUGUCCACCCGCAGGCGGUAGACCUUCCACCUGUCUCCAGGAAACUCAGCCAGGACCCCCUUGACACCUGACGCCUCUCCCCACCCAGCUGCUCGCCUGUGGCCAUUUCCAGCGUCCCUUGCCUCAGCCCUGCCUCUCGGACACCCCUUACUGCUAAGACCUCCAAUAAAACUCGGUUUUCCGUCUUGAUA